AACACUGAACAAAUUUGCUCUGAAGCUUGAGUCCACUCCCACUCCAUUUCACAGUUGGCCCCACCCCCACGGGAGGACGGAGGGGAGGGCCGAGAUGGACGCGGCGGUGCAGGAGGCCAAGCUGCUGCGGCAGGUGAACGCCCUCAUCGUGGCGCACCUCCGCGACCAGAACCUCACGCAGGCCGCCGCCGCCGUCGCCGCCGCCACCAUGACCCCCAAGGCCGACGCCUCCCUCCCCAACCACCUCCUCCGCCUCGUCGCCAAGGGCCUCGCGGCUGAGCGGGAGGAGGCGGCCAGGGGAGGCGGAGCUCCCCCCGCGUUUGACUCCGCUGGCGGCGGUGGGCUGGCGCGCCCGCUCGGCACCAGCGCCGUGGAUUUCAGUGUGCAGAAUGUCAGGGGCCCGUCCAAGACUUUCCCCAAGCACGAGACCAGGCACAUCUCCGAUCAUAAGAAUGUUGCCAGAUGUGCGAAAUUUAGUCCUGAUGGGAAACAUUUUGCAACUGGAAGUGGGGACACAUCCAUUAAGUUCUUUGAGGUAUCAAAAAUUAAGCAGACGAUGUUAGGAGACUCCAAAGAAGGCCCUGGCCGACCUGUGGUCCGUACAUUUUAUGACCAUGUGCAGCCCAUCAAUGAUCUGGAUUUCCAUCCUAUUAGCCCAAUACUGAUAUCUGCAGCAAAAGAUAAUACGAUAAAGUUCUUUGAGUUCUCCAAAACUGCUGCAAGAAAAGCAUUCAGAGUUAUUCAGGAUACUCAUAAUGUUAGGUCUGUAUGUUUUCAUCCUUGCGGUGAUUACAUUUUAGCAGGGACUGAUCACCCAGUAGCUCAUCUCUAUGAUGUAAACACUUUCACAUGCUUCUUAUCCGCAAAUCCGCAGGACUCUAGUGCUGCCAUCAACCAGGUGCGCUACUCGGGUACUGGGAGCAUGUAUGUGACUGCUUCUAAGGAUGGUUCUCUGCGCAUCUGGGAUGGAGUAUCUGCUGAAUGUGUUCGUCCCAUAAUUGGGGCACAUGGAUCUGUAGAAGCUACUAGUGCAAUUUUCACCAAAGACGAGAGGUACAUCCUAUCCAGUGGGAAGGAUUCGUGUAUAAAGUUAUGGGAAGUUGGCACCGGAAGACUUGUGAAGCAAUAUCCAGGUGUUGUUAAUACACAAUUCCGGUGUCAGGCUGUCUUCAACGAAACCGAGGAGUUUGUACUAUCAACCGACGAGCAAAACAACGAGGUUGUCGUCUGGGACGCCCUUACUUCUGAAAGGGUGGCAAGAUUGCCGUCUGGCCACACCGGCGCCCCUAGGUGGCUGGAGCACUCCCCUGUAGAUGCAGUGUUUGUUACAUGCGGAAACGAUCGAUCCGUCAGAUUCUGGAAAUAAACGGUGUAGAUUCAAUUCAACCCUGGCAUUUAAAUCAUGAAGUUUGUUGUAUCAUGAGUACUUCAGGGUAAAAGAAAGGAAUACUUGUAAUUGUAGUGGCUGUACUUAUACAUGCUGUUGAUACAUCUUCUUCUAGUGGAUGUUUCUCUAGGUGUAAAAA